ACCGCGGAUAGAACAAUGAGACGGCAAGUACUGUUUUUCAUUUCGGUUUUCUGCCUCGGUUCUGCUCUUGGUCAAGUCAGCUACUCUAUUCCGGAGGAAAUGGCGAAGGGUUCUGUCGUGGGGAACAUAGCACAGGAUUUAGGUUUGGAUGUGAAAAGACUUAAGUCAGGGAAAGCCCGUAUAUUUACUGGCGACAGUGCGGAGUACAUCGAGCUGAGCAGAGAAAGAGGAGUCCUGCUCGUGAAAGAGAGAAUCGACAGAGAGUCGCUCUGCAGACAGACGACGCCUUGUGCUUUACAUUUGCAGAUUAUUUUAGAAAACCCGAUUGAGGUUUUUCGAAUAACAGUAGAGAUCACUGACAUUAAUGACAACAGCCCCAGUUUUAAAAAUGACGAGAAGCGUUUUGAAAUUAGCGAAUCGGCGGUUAUAGGAUCUAAAUUUGUGUUAGAAAGAGCGGUUGAUGCAGACAUUGGCGUUAAUGGCCUGAAAAACUACAGCUUGAAGCCUGCAGAUAAUUUUGUCCUGAAAAUACAAAGUCAUGCAGAUGGAAAUAAAAAGGUCGAAAUGGUCUUACAGAAGCCUUUAGAUCGAGAGAAAGACGAGCGGAUAUCAUUGUUGUUAACAGCUGUAGAUGGUGGGGAACCUCAGAUGUCUGGUACAGUGAAGAUUUACGUGACCGUACUCGAUGUGAACGACAACGCUCCUGUCUUUAUGCAGUCGGUGUACAAGGCAGCCAUAGCGGAAAAUUCUCCUGUAGGAACAACGCUGACAACAGUGAGUGCUUCAGAUGCGGAUAAAGGAACAAACGGGGAAGUUUCUUAUUCAGUUUCUACCACUAUGGACAGUGUCUCUGAUAUAUUUACAAUCAAUGAAAACGGUGAAGUAAUAUUAGUUGGUGCACUUGACUUUGAAAAGGCCAAAUUUUACCAAAUUGAUAUUGAAGCUAAAGACAGUGGUGGCCUUUCCGAUUCCAGUAAGAUUAUUGUUGAUAUUAUUGAUAUUAAUGAUAAUAAGCCUGUAAUCAAUCUACUUUCCAAAUCUGAUUCAAUCCCAGAGGACUCUCCCCAAAAUACAGUUAUUGUUAUGUUCAAUGUCUUUGACCCAGAUUCAAGUAACAAUGGUCAAGUGAACUGCAGAAUUAAUGGCAACAUACCAUUUACUAUUACUGCCUCUUCAAAUGAUUUGUAUAGCAUCGUGACAGACAGUGAGUUAGACAGAGAGAGAGCGUCAGAGUAUAACAUCAGUGUGAGCUGCUCUGAUGAGGGAGUGCCCUCCCUCUCCAGCAGCGUCACUCUCACCUUACAGAUCUCUGAUGUGAAUGACAACGCGCCUGUCUUUGAGAGGAGCUCAUAUGAGGCCUACAUUGUAGAAAACAACACACCAGGCCUCUCCAUAUUCACAGUGAGAGCCAGAGACGCUGACUGGAACCAGAAUGCCCGCGUUUCUUACAUCCUGGAGGACUCCUCUGUUAACGGAGUGCCAGUCUCCUCAUAUGUGUCCGUUAGUGCUGAUAGUGGAGUCAUCCAUGCAGUGCGCUCUUUUGACUACGAGCACAUCAAAGAUUUCCACUUCCGCGUCAGAGCUCAGGAUGGAGGCUCCCCUCCUCUCAGCAGCAACGUGACAGUGAAAAUCCUGAUCCAGGACCAGAACGACAACCCUCCUCAGGUCUUGUACCCAGUCCAGACGGGCGGCUCAAUGGUGGCCGAAAUGGUGCCUCGUUCAGCAGAUGUGGGCUACCUGGUGACUAAAGUGGUGGCUGUUGAUGUGGACUCUGGGCAGAAUGCGUGGCUGUCGUAUAAACUGCAGAAAGCCACAGACAGGGCGCUGUUUGAAGUGGGCUUACAGAAUGGAGAAAUAAGAACUAUCCGCCAAGUGACUGAUAAAGAUGCUGUGAAACAAAGACUGAGUGUUAUAGUGGAGGACAACGGGCAGCCCUCUCGUUCAGCUACAGUCAUUGUUAACGUGGCGGUGGCGGACAGCUUCCCUGAAGUGCUGUCGGAGUUCACUGACUUUGCACACGACAAGGAGUACAAUGACAAGCUGACUUUUUACUUAGUGUUGGCUUUGGCUGUAGUUUCCUUCCUGUUCAUCACGUGUUUGGUGGUUAUUAUAUCAGUGAAAAUCUACAGAUGGAGACAGUCUCGCAUCCUGUAUGAGUCCAAGCUCCCUGUGAUUCCAUAUUAUCCACCACGUUACUCAGACACUUUGGGGACAGGGACUCUGCAACACGUGUACAAUUACGAGGUGUGCAGGACGACUGACUCCAGAAAGAGUGACUGUAAGUUCGGCAGAGCUGGUAGUCAGAACGUGCUGAUAAUGGAGCCCAGUUCUACAGGGACGAUGCAGCGGAUACAGAGUGACAAGAGCAUCCUGGAUGAGCCAGACUCUCCUCUGGAGGUUAGAAAACUGUAACAAUCAUAUUUUAUUUGUAUGCAAAUUGUGCGCA